AUGGGUGCAUCAGGCUUAGGUUCAGCUUUAGCAAAAUGCAUUAAUCUCUCAAAUUUGACACUUAACCUUUGGUCUAAUUAAAUUGGUGCAAUGGGUGCAUUAGGCUUAGGUUCAGCUUUAGAAAAAUGCAUUAAUCUCUCAAAUUUGACACUUAACCUUUAUCAAAAUAAAAUUGGUGAUGAAGGUGCAUCAGGCUUAGGUUCAGCUUUAGCAAAAUGCAUUAAUCUCUCAAAUUUGACACUUAACCUUGGUGGAAAUUAAAUUGGUGCAAUGGGUGCAUCAGGCUUAGGUUCAGCUUUAGCAAAAUGCAUUAAUCUCUCAAAUUUGACACUUAACCUUAGAAAUUAAAUUGGUGAUGAAGGUGCAUCAGGCUUAGGUUCAGCUUUAGCAAAAUGCAUUAAUCUCUCAAAUUUGACACUUUACCUUGAUAGAAAUUAAAUUGGUGAUGAAGGUGCAUCAGGCUUAGGUUCAGCUUUAGCAAAAUGCAUUAAUCUCUCAAAUUUGACACUUGACCUUGACAAAAAUCGAAUAGGUGAUAAAGGUGCAUCAGGCUUGGGUUCUGCUUUAGCAAAUUGCAUUAAUCUCUCAAAGUUAACACUUGGCCUUUUUUUGAAUCAAAUUGGUGAUGAAGAUGCAUCAGGCUUAGGUUCUGCUUUAGCAAAUUGCACUAAUAUCUCAAUUUUGAAACUUUUCCUUUCUUAAAUUCAAAUUAGUGAUUAAGGUGCAUCAGGCUUAGGUUCUGCUUUAGCAAAUUGCAUUAAUCUCUCAAAUUUGACACUUGAGCUUUCGAAAAAUCAAAUUGGUGAUAAAGCUGCAUCAGGCUUAUGUGCUGCUUUUGCAAAUUGCAUUAAACUCUAAAAUUUGGAACUUAGCCUUAGUAACAAUCAAAUUGGUGAUGAAGGUGCAUCAGGCUUAGGUUCUGCUUUAGCAAAUUGCACUAAACUCUCAAAUUUGAUACUUGACCUUUGUAAAAAUCAAAUUGGUGCAAUGGGUGCAUCAGGCUUAGGUUCUGCUUUAUCAAAGUGCACUAAUCUCUCAAAUUUGACACUUUACCUUUAGUAAAAAGAGUUUAUUUGUUUUUGA